UUCCACUCACAUUCUUCUACUCACAUUCUUCUACUCACAUUCUUCUACUCGUAUACCUCCUCGUGUACUCAUUCACUCCCUCAACAACUGAAACAACUGAAACAACCACUUCUGCCUGCUGAUUGGUGCGCGCAAAAUAAAUUUAAGUGUUGCAUUGGGAAUAUUCACCAUCCGAUGAAAGCUCCCACUCUCAGCGAUUCUCCAGCUUGGGCGGGCUGCACCUCGUCAUGAAAUUCCCUUAGUGGAUUGAGGAGCUCCUGCGGAGGAAGAUGAGGACAACGUGUCGUGUGCCGCCAAUUGGAACUCUUGAGGAUCCAGGUACAUGGCCUUCAGCGGCCUACGUAAAUAAGUAGUGCUAUCCCCCUCCCCCGGUGCGUUGACCCCACUGUCCUCUCCUUCUUCGCCGAGUUCAUUCAACACAAUGAAUGACCCCAACCAGGACAACUACACCUUCACUCCGGCGGAGACGUUCUUUGACGCCUAUGCCGUGAAAUCGUUCAAUACCCCGACUUCCAUCACGUACAGAGUGGAAGACAACGAUCCCAAACAGCCCAGCAUCAAGACUGGAGCUAUCUUCAGGUUCAAUGACGACAAGCUGCUCCUAGUGCAGUUUAUACGGCCCAAGGUCUGGAAGAUCCGUUUCAGUCCACUUAUAAAGACUCCAGCCGAAUACAACGACUACAAUUCUCGUACCAUCGUCCGAGAUACCGUCACAGAGCUGCGUGACUGUCUUGACAAGUUCGAGGACAUUUUCUGGGACACCUCCGUCAAGCCCUCUGACGAUGGCAAGUACUUUUGCCUGGAGUCUAUGGUGUAUCAGAGCGCCGCCGAUCGGAAAGCCAAAAAGGACGGCAAGUGGGAGGUCCGCCUCUUUGUCCAGAAGGCUCCCUUCCGUAUCAUCGCAGUCCGUGCCGUUCCGCCGCACCUUGACCCGGAUGACGCUGUUCCCGCCCUCAACGCCAGUGAGGCGAUCAAAGUCAACCUUGACACCCAAUGCAUCAUCUGGAAGACGGCGCCGAAUGGACUCUCUUGGGUCCAGAAGGGCGAAACUACAAACGCGAUCCUCUCCGUGUGCAAACCCGGCGCUGCCCGCUAUAUCGGAUUUGGCGAGCAGGGUGGAAUGUCUCUGUUCAAGUACAGCACGUACAUGAACUACUUUGACUACGACAACAUGAUGUACAGUGGUGUCUACGGAAAAGGAGCCGGGGACAGCAGGGAACCGCUCUACCACUCGGAGCCUUUCUGGAUCGAGGUCGAUACCCACCAGAACUUGGGCUCUAAGGUGGCCACCUUCGUCGACAACUAUUCCCAGAUCAGCAUCGACUUCGGGAAGCGCAACAACGGCGAAAUUCGCGUGGGUACGAAGUACGGCAGUUUACAGUACUUCGUGAUGGCCGGCAAUGACAUCCCCGAUAUCAUAAACCUCUACACCUCAAUCAUCGGUCGUAACAGACUGAAGCCUAGAUACGUCCUAGGGCACCAUCAAGGAUGUUAUGGCUAUGAUACUCAGAAAAAGGUAGUCGGUAUAGUGGAUCAGUAUCGCGCCCGCAAGAUUCCUCUCGACGGAAUGCAUAUCGACGUCGACUUGCAGGACCGAUAUCGUACAUUCACGAUAAACACAGCUCCGGACAAGUUUCCUGACCCGAAAGCGAUGUUUCGGGAUCUGCGCAAUAUGGGCGUCAAAGCUUGCACGAAUAUCACUCCUGUCAUCAACUGCACUGGCGAUGGCUACAAGACCCUUUCCGAAGGGGUGAAGAACAAGUAUUUCAUUAUGGACAAGCGCUACACCGCCGAUGGCAUAGGGAAAAACAGCUGGGAUGCAAAGUACAUGUACUAUGAUGGCGGCAGGCGCGAGAUGAUCACUGAUAUUCAGAGCGCCCAAAAAAGGAUGCCCGGUUAUACUCCCGAGUAUGACUUCAGCAAGGCAUACAACUCGGAGAAGGAGUUCAUUGGCGGUGUCUCUUACGGUCAAGACUUGGGAACACCUGGCUUCUAUCCCGAUCUCAACCGAGAAGUUGUACGGAAAUGGUGGGGAGAGCAAUACCGAUAUCUCAUAGAACAAGGACUUGAGUUUAUCUGGCAGGACAUGACGAGCCCUUGCCUUGCUAAGGAAUACGGCGACAUGAAAGGACUUCCUUUCCGGCUGAUGGUCAGCACCGACGUUUACCCUAGCCAAGACGGCAAAUACCCUCCCUAUAAGGCAGCCAUCGAAAUGUGGUCACUCUUCAGCUACAACCUUCACAAGGCUACAUACAAGGGUCUGAACGACAUGGACCUUCGCAAAGGCAAAAGAAACUUCAUCAUUGGGCGUGGAAGUUUCGCCGGCAUGCACAGAUAUGCUGGUCUAUGGACCGGCGAUAACGCUUCCACUUGGAACUUCCUGCGGAUCUCGGUUGCGCAGAUUCUCGCAUCCGGUUUGUCUGGAGGCGUCAUCACAGGCGCUGAUGUGGGCGGUUUCAUGCCGUUGAACAAAGAUCAGUGGGCCGACCCGGAGCUGGUGAUCCGUUGGUACUGUGCUUACUCCAUGCUUCCAUGGUUCCGAAACCACUACCACGGCAAACCAGGCAUGAAGUUCUUCCAGGAACCCUACGUUUACACGGACCAUUUCUGGAACCCACAAUGGCAUGAUAUACUCAAGAAAGACGAGAGGAUGUACCUUUCGGUAGAGCCUGUGUGCAAAUACUUUGUAGAGCUUCGAUACACCCUCUUGCAGCUCCUCUACGACGCCAUGUUCGAGAACCAGAUCACUGGAAUGCCCAUUGCCAGAGCCUUGAUCUUGACCGACGUCUACGAUGACAGUCUGUACAAAGACGCCUCGAACUACCUUUACCGCGAAUACAUGGUCCGCAACGACCUGCUAGUCUGCCCGAGGCUGUACCCGGAGAAGCUCAAGGUAGGGGAAAAUGAGACGAAGCAGAAGCACCAGCUGUACUUACCCCAGCCCGACAACUGGUUCGUGUUCAACUUGCGUCCCGACCACAUCGAGGAUCCGAAUGGAGACGGUCUCAAGAUUAGCCGGAGGAAGGGGCUGAGCGCAAAGCUCCAGGGUGGAACCUUCAUGGAGUGGGAUGACGAGAUCAGACUUGGCGAUAACGAGCACAUCCCAUACGUGAUGCCGAUGUUUAUCAGGGAAGGUGCAAUCAUUCCGCAGAUUGAGCUCCGACAGUGGAUUCCCGACUUGGAGAACCGCAAAGCGAACCCCAUCACCCUGCACGUGUAUCCAGGCAAGAACAGCGACUACCACAUGUACCUGGACGAUGGAAUCAGCCGUGCCAGCGCUCCGGCCGGACUGCCGCAGUACUCAGCCAACCCCGUGCCUAUGCACCCCGAGCUGGGAGUGAUUCCGAAGGACGAUUUCGCCAUCGACGAGGAUGAAGAGGCCAAGAGCGAAUACCGCGAGGUGAUCAUCGCCCAGAGAACCGCUGGCGCCACUCGCACCGUCACCAUUCGCACCGCCUGGGACAAUUACAAUCUCGACUUACUCAAGCGCGAUAUUGGCCAGCAGUACACCGUCAUUAUCUGGCACGAGGUCGACGUCGACACGACGAAGUGCGUCACUACCACCGAUGGCGCUACUGGCUCCACCGUGUCCAACGACACCUCCAUCAGGGCUACGUUUAUCGAUGUUCCCAUUGACGCCGAUGACAAGAAGAAGGGUAUCACUAUUACUUGCAAGUACAAUUAGUGGACUGAUUGCGGGGGUACCACGAGUCGAUAACGAUUGCGUAACGGUCUUUUUGGUCUUUUUGGUCUCUUUGUUUGUUUUGGGGGGGUUUUCUUCGGUAUCUUUACUUGAACGGGUUUUAUCUGGGAUAGGUAGUCCGUUUUUCGAUCCAUAAUUGCGAGAAUGAUCCACUUUUUUUUCUUGUUG